CACGUCGGCGAAUUCUACUCACCAACAAUUCUCAUCUUCUCUACUGAUACCCAAAUACCUGCAACGCCACCGCGUUCCCUACCACAAAAUGCCCAUCACCGUCGCAAUAGCGAAGCAUGAUGCUAAUGCAAUCAACACGUCGAAUUGGGACUGGCGAAGAAUGAACAAUCAUGAAGAACUCCUGCCCCACUCUGAGAAGAACAAAAGCAAGGGCGUCCUCCAGUCCUCGGUGUUGCCGAACGAGUACUUCCCAAAGCACAUCGCAUCUUCCACGAACGGACUUGUGUGGGCAGCGUACUACGCUUACAGCGACCACCACAACCUCACACUACGACCAGAGGAUAUUUGGUUCGCCAUCAUCUCCCAGCUGAGCUUUUACAUCAAUGCGCAUGCAGAGGAGCUACGGUACCUGUUCGUCACCCAUGAGGAGCGUAAAGAACUUAUUGUGCACACUGAAGGGUCGAUCAACACAAUUGACUUUGCGAGGAUCGCAAAAGAAGUUGCCAAUAUGAUCCAGGAAAACGUCGAGAGGGCUGACCUGCAAGAAUGGAUCAUGCCGUCCUUCAGUACCACCACCGAAUCCGACCGCGCUGUUGCGUCGGUGCUAUUCAUGGGCGCAAUGCAAAAGUACUUCUCGUACGGUGCCUGUCUCAGUUGCGGCAUCCCAUCAGUCACUCUUCUCGGCAAGCGAGAGGACUGGGAAAACAUCCUGCAGAGACUCGAUACACUUCCAGAGUUUGGUGCAGAACCUGCUGCCUUUGCAGAUGGCCUGCGGCCUGUCCUUCAGGGCUUCAUUGCCACAUUCGAUGGCGAGCGCACGCCAGAGACUCUCGACUUCUGGGGUCGAAUUGCGCACAGGACUUUCGGUGGUAGUGGCCCAACUUAUCUCUCAGGAUGGAUCACUGCGUUCUGCUUCUGGGACGCGGAUGGGAAGCCCAUUAGCAAAAGAGGUUGGUCCGAAGACUUGGGCGCUCCGGCUUGCGAGGUCGAUUUCAAGGACGUUCCCAAUGGGUAUGCUAUUGUGCCACUCACCAUCAACGAUAACGGGAAGGAGUACCUCACGCAAAUGGUUGCAGGAUCUUUUGGCAUGGAAGCGUUCAGUCAGCAGAAAGUGAAAGACACUCCGGACGGCCACGCUACCACAGAGGACAAUAGUACGACAGACUCCAAGACAAGCAAUGAUGGUAUCCGCGAUGAAGACCCAGACUCAGCGCUUGACUCCAUCAAGCCUUUGACGGGAUGGAUGAUGUAUCACACGAACACCUUUGAAGAUGGUCAUAUCAAAAACCUCCAGCCUGUUGCAGAUGGAUCGGCGAACCGGAUUGACCGAACUUUGUGAUGGAGGUUUCGUGGCAACUAACACUUGGUCUGGAUUUUGUCUGCAAUGGUCAAACUCAAAGAAAAGAAUGGUGCGGGGGCGUUACAAUGCGAUGCUUGGAGGCUUCCAUAGUCGUUUCA